CAGGUGUCUUGGGUCCCCAGUGUUCUUCCGCAGCCUUUUCUCCUACUCAGACAAUCUUAUCCCUGCAACUCAGUUUUUCUAGUUGCUUGAUGCCCUUUCCCCCAAAGCUCUGACUCCCCUGCCAAACCCCUUCGUCUCCCAGAACUCAGGCAUCCCGGUCCACCCAAUAACCGGUUGCAUCUUUUUCCAGUCCCCUGUUCAUAGUCUGAAGUUAAGCGGUUCCUCACUAUGAGAAGCGCUAAGUUCUGGUUUCCCAUCGCCAGGAUAUCUCAGGAAGCCCAGAUGCUGGAGUACGGGGCAGGGGUCUCUGCCCCUCCCUGGGGGAGGCGGGUCGCCAGUGACGUCACGGGGGCAUUCGCGGCCUCUUUAAGACCCCCGCCUCCGCCCCCUUUCCCCAUACUCUACUCUGAUCUCUGGCUGCUCUCGAUCCUUUUCAAGGCAGGCCUUCUCUAAGCCUCCAGCCAUGGCUUCAGCCGGCCUCCAGCUCCUGGGCAUGAUCCUUGCAAUACUGGGCUGGAUAGCAUCCCUAGUGGCUUGCGCCAUGCCCAUGUGGAAAAUCACAGCCUUCAUUGGCAAUAACAUCGUAGUAGCCCAGGUUACAUGGGAAGGCCUCUGGAUGUCUUGUGUGGUCCAGAGCACCGGUCAGAUGCAGUGCAAGGUAUAUGACUCUCUGCUGGCCCUGCCUCAUGAUGUGCAAGCAGCCAGAGCUCUCACUGUCAUCACUCUGCUUUUGGGCCUGGUAGGCCUGCUGAUCUACCUCGCUGGGGCCAAGUGUACCACGUGUAUAGAAGAAGAGGAGCCAAAAGCCCGACUGGUACUGACUUCUGGGAUCAUUUUCCUCAUCUCGGCAGUCCUGAUCCUGAUCCCUCUGUGCUGGACCGCCCACGUGAUCAUCAGGGACUUUUACAACCCCCUGGUGGCUGAGGCUCAGAAACGGGAGCUGGGACACAGCCUGUAUGUGGGCUGGGCGGCUGCAGCCCUUUUUCUCCUAGGUGGGGGGUUACUGUGCUGCACUUGCCCCUCAGGCAGCUCAAGGGGCACAAACAAUUACAUAGCCCGAUACUCUGCCUCCGCCCCUCCCCCAGGGGGCUCCCGAGGUCCUUCUGAAUACCCAACCAAGAAUUACGUGUGAAUCUGGAAGGAAGUAGCAGGGAAAGGGGGGGGCCUACAAAUGACUCCCUUAGGUAAGGGAGGGCCUCUUUCCCCUGCUUCCCUCUCAAGAUGAAGGUACAGGUGACCCCUGUCAGUCUUGAGAUUUUUUGGUUUUUUCCCUUUUCUUUUUUUUUUAAACCCCUUGGAUGACUGAGUCAAGAAGAUGACAAGACAGAUGACCCCCACAUCCCUACCUCGUCUUUACUGCUGUUUACUGAUGCAAAGUCUUCCAGAUAUCUUUGGAUAAGGAGUUACAGAGAUGUUUUCCAAGAGCUCCAGCAUCUUUUCCUGGAUAAUGGCACCACAAAGAUCUAUGCUAGUUCUCUGGAAACACUAGAACCCUCUUUGGUUAUGGGAUUGCAAUUCUAAACCUGUACAAGUGCAAGUUCUCCAGUGUGCUGUCCUUAAAGCUAUCCCCAACUCCCAGGGAAACAGGACCACUAAGAUUCCACUAGCCUUUCUGCAUCUCCGUGGGAACUGUGAUAGCUACUAUGAUUCCCCCCUGGACUCCCGGAAGGCAGGAUGUGAUCUCCCUGUUGGCUCUUGUAUCCUGCUUUUUAACAUAUUCUUCCUAAUCCAGAAUCCAGCAAAGACGUCCCCCACCCUUCCAGCAUGCUGCUGCCUUCACUCUCCCCAUCUCUUUUUGUGGAAUUUCCAUGGUUGAAGAUUUUUAGAGAAUAAAGUAUGUCUUGCUAAA